AUGUCUUCCACGAAAAGCGCCAAACCUAUAACUUUCGCGUCCUUGACGCCGAAUAAUCUGGGGACAGUCAGAAAACUAAAUUCAGUGCUGUUCCCGAUCAAGUAUUCGGAAAAGUUCUACGAAGAUGUACUCAAACCGGAUGUGGAAGACUUUUGUAAGCUCGUCUACUAUAAUGAUAUCCCUGUGGGCAUCGUCUGCUGUAGACUGGAACCCCAAGACGGGGAGAUGUCACUCUACUUAGCAACUCUGGGGAUACUUGCUCCCUAUCGUGACAGGCUUCUUGGGUCAGAAACUCUGCAGCUUAUUCUCGACGCGUGUGGUGCCCACACCAAGCCAAAAAUUGAUCGGAUAUACCUACACGUUCAGACGUCCAAUACUGGCGCCAAGAAGUUCUAUGAGCGACAUGGCUUUGUGCAAACCGCGCUCUUGGAAGGUUACUACAAGAAGAUUGAGCCGCAUGAUGCUUGGGUCCUCGAAAAGAGACUCGUGUAG